UUUUCAGUCACGCACAACAUUAUCGAUCCAGACUGUGGAGAGGACAAGUUCACCGGGUGCAGCGAUGCGUUAGCGCCUGUCAUAAAGUCCCACAGAGUCGCCUCCAGGCUCCCGCCCACUCCACGUGUAUUCCCCGGCCAUAGGGCAGCAGCACUGGAAGUGCUCGGCGGAGGAGCAACUACUGAUCACUAAGGAGGCUGAACUUAUCUCUCCUGGGAUCACGUGCUGCUGCUGAAUGGGCUGAUGAUGAGGAUGAUUGAGAUAAUGAGGCAGCAGGAGCAGGUUGUAGGCAGUGCCCUUGGGGUGUCACCAAGUCGCCUGGGUGUGUCAUGUGACCUGCUGCUCCUGUAUAAAUAAAGCCUUGGCACUGGUACAUGCUGCUGACAUCCCAUCCUCUCUCUCUCUCCCACACUCUCCUCAACCCUCAGAAAAUGGCACCCUUUCCUGAAUUAGACAACCAUGGCUUUGAUGCGGGUGAUGUGGAUGCGUCUAAGCCUGUUUGGUCUACUGGCAUCAGCCCUGCUGAGGGAAAUCCUUCUGACCCAGAAAAGGAUCUGUCUCCUACAUACUCGACUCUUUCUUUAUGCAAAGACUCACCCAAACCGGAAGAGAUUGAUCCAUGGGACAUGCCAGAAAUCAAGAGCACAGGGCCCAAAUGGUCAGAAAUGAACGUCAAACAAAGAAUAGUGUCGGUGCUCUUGGGAACUCUAAAGUUUGUCCUCUUGGUGACGCUGUUGUACUUUUUCGUUUGCUCCUUGGACAUUCUGAGCUCCGCAUUUCAGUUAGUUGGAGGUAAAGCUGCGGGAGAUAUAUUCAAGAACCAUUCUGUGUUGUCCAAUCCUGUUGCUGGGCUUGUCAUUGGGGUGCUGGUGACUGUCCUCGUACAAAGUUCCAGCACGUCCACGUCUAUUGUGGUCAGCAUGGUAUCAUCAAAUAUUUUAACAGUCAGAUCAGCAAUACCGAUCAUCAUGGGAUCAAACAUCGGCACGUCUGUCACCAAUACAAUUGUGGCUUUGAUGCAGUCUGGAGAUCGCAAUGAAUUUAGAAGAGCUUUUGCAGGAGCCACAGUGCACGAUUUCUUUAACUGGCUCUCCGUGCUGGUUCUGCUGCCCAUCGAAGUGGCAUCGGGCUAUUUAUUUCACCUAACCAAUGUCAUUGUCAAAUCGUUCAAUAUUGAGUCAGGGGAGGAUGCUCCGGACAUGUUGAAAGUUAUCACAGAGCCUCUCACAAAAGGGAUUAUUCAGCUUGACAAGAAUGUCAUACAAGAAAUUGCGAAUGGAGACCCCCUGGCUCAGAACAAAAGUCUGAUAAAGAAAGAAUGCAGUUAUAAGACUUUAGUUAAUAUAAGUUUGCCUGGUGCUGAGAACUGUACCUCUCCAUCACUCUGCUGGACCGACGAAAACAACGUGACAUGGACUGAAGGCUUUGAGACCAUGAAAGUUAAAUGUUCCCACCUGUUUGCGAGCACCAAUCUGCCAGAUCUCGCUGUUGGUCUCAUACUCUUGGCGCUGUCGCUCUUUGUUUUGUGUGUCUGUCUGAUAUUGAUUGUGAAGAUCCUGAACUCCCUGCUGAAAGGACAAGUGUCUGUUCUUAUCAAGAAGGUCAUCAACACUGAUUUCCCAUUCCCCUUCUCAUGGCUAACGGGUUACCUGGCAAUGUUGGUUGGAGCCGGAAUGACAUUUAUUGUGCAGAGCAGUUCGGUCUUUACAUCGGCAAUGACUCCCCUUAUUGGCAUUGGAGUCAUUAGCAUUGAACGCGCCUAUCCACUAACACUCGGAUCUAAUAUUGGAACCACAACAACUGCGCUACUUGCAGCUUUAGCAAGCCCUGGCGAAACAUUGCAAAACUCUGUGCAGAUUGCAUUAUGCCACUUCUUCUUUAAUAUUUCUGGCAUCCUUAUCUGGUACCCCAUUCCUUUCAUGCGUAUACCCAUUCGAUUAGCUAAAGGGCUGGGUAACAAGACGGCCAAAUACAGGUGGUUUGCAGUGGUCUACCUGAUCUUGUGCUUCUUUUUGUUGCCCCUCUUGGUCUUUGGUUUGUCAGUUGCCGGCUGGCAGGCCCUUGUUGGAGUGGCCGUUCCAUUUGUGGCUAUGAUCGUCGCUGUGAUUACUGUCAAUGUUUUGCAGUCAAAAUGGCCAAGAAUUCUGCCAGAUUUCCUCAAGGACUGGGACUUUCUUCCAAAGUGGAUGCAUUCUCUCAAGCCAUGGGAUGCUUGUAUGGUAGGAACCUCUCUGUGGUGCAGACAUAACUGUUGCUGCUGCUGCAAAAAGUGCAAAGGGUGCAAGUGCUGCCAUGACAACGAGGAUGAGGAGUGUUACAUUGAAACCAAACCCCAAGCGCUGGAAUGUCAUGACAAUGUGAUCGACCUUUCUGAUGAAGUCAAGAAACCUACAAAUGACGCGCAACCGAACAGUCAGAAUCUCACUUCAUUUUAAUAGGAGGUGGAAUGGGUUCUAGAAGUUUGUGGAACCACUUAUAUUCUACAUGCCUGACUUAGAUUUAUUCUACAUCUACUAAAAGUUUCAUGGAGUCAGGCUCCAUGAAAUGUCUCCUGGAAUGAUAUUGGGUCAUUCUUAGUCCAUUUGCAUACACAUAAAGCAAAGAUGGAAGCAGGCUAAAGAAGACAAUCAAGGCCAUAUAACACACACACACACACACACACACACACACACACACAUAUACACACACAGUUCAGGCUGUGGUGCACUCCA